CAUGCCAAAAUUAGGAAGAAAGGACGACAGGAUGCAGUUUCAAGGAGCAAUGUCUGAUAAAUAUACAACUCGACAGGCUCCUUUUGGAACCGUCGAUACACCACAGUUCAGAGUGAAAAUUAUUGGUGGAAAACAAGUGACAGUUUUAGAACCAAGAAAUGGAAGUACUUCAAAGCCAAUUCAAAGUUCGUCUGUUGUUGCUCCAUAUUUCACUGACAGCCCUAGUCCCAAAGUUCCUCCUCAGUUAGAUUCUAUAUCCUCUAAACCGAAUCACUAUGACCCUAGUAAAUGGUCUACACCUGGGGUCCGAGAACAGGAUACUGAAAUCAAGCCUCAAUCAUUCAAAAAUCCCGAACCUAUCAGUUCGAGAAAUGUAUUCACUCCUCACUCUGUAAUACCCCCUAUUGUAGAUCUUGAGCGCUAUUUGCCAACCGAUCGAAAUCUACCAAAAGAAUCUAUUAAGUUGACGGAAGUUGAAGAGUUGGAAUUACGCAAGAGAAUUCGCCAAGAUUUAGUAAAUAGGGAUUCCAAAACACUUAAAAACAUAUAUAUGGAACUAGUGGAAAUCGAUCGAAUGUUAGAGGGAUUUGUAACUUUUGAGGAUCUUAGCUUCUGCUUGCUAAAAUCUGGAUUACAAGUCAAUGCAACUACCCUUAAGCUAAUAUCUUCGCUAUUUAUUAGACCACACACAGAGAACUUUGUAAAUUAUGAAAAAGUUUUAGCUUUCAUAUCUGCUUCAAUGAAAGAAAAUAUGAAACCCUUACAGCCGGAACCAGAUAGAGAUCGGGUAAAUCCAUCUGUUUAUACAAAUCCCAUUACACACGCUUCAGAAGACUUUAGUCCUAGGAGCAGUCGAUUUCCUUAUGGCGAAAGAGAUAAUGCAAAGCUGUUGCGUUUAAUUGAACAGCAAAUUCUCAAUUCAACUGAAGAUAUAAAUUUUGAAAGCGCAUGGCAGGCGUUUCGAGCUGCUGAUCCCCAAUUUCGAGGGAAACUCUCCAAGCAGCAAAUUAUUGAAAUAGCAAUGCGCUGUCGAUUACCACUCCAACUUUCUGUUAUCGAACAAAUUCUGAACAGAGUGGAGAAAAGCUAUGGCCAAUAUGAUUGGCAGCAAUUCUUAGAAUUUAUUGAAAGAGUACAACCUUUAAAAACAAGCCUACAUAUUCCGGAAAGCAAAAAGCCAGUCGAAUAUGUGAAACAUAUACCAGAACCCAGUAGAAAUUGGCCCGAGUCUGAUAUUGCUAUCGAGCGAAAAAAGCCGGAAAAUUUUCAAAACUCUAAUUUACAAACACAACAAUUCAACUUUCAGGAAGGAAAUCAGAGUCUCAAUUAUAAACCUGAGUCUUCAUAUGAGAAAGGAGACACUUUGCCAGCGAAUCAGAAUGCAGAAACUUUAGCGGAUCGCUUCAGUCAUAUGAACAAAGCCCUUUAUGACUCGGAUAUCGAUAAGACCGGAUACUUAACAUCUGAUCAGGCUCGCUGGAUUGUUGAACAAUAUACUCAAGUGUUUAAUUUGGGUAUAAAAGAGACAGAUCAAAUUGAAGCCCUACGUAAUUCAACUGCACAGAAUGGCCAAACUGAUAUCGCAAGGCUUAUAGAUAGUUUGGGUACUGUUCUAUUUCGAUGAUUUUUCUAAAGUUUGUUUUGUAUUUAUAAUUAUCGUUUAACGUUUCAAAAUGUGAUAUAUGCUGUACGUUUAUUGUUACAAUUUUAAAACUGCUGAGUUUCCAUCUUCCCCUGGAUUUCUUAUAGCGCUCUGUUGUUUUGUUUAAAAAACUUAAUAUCAAAAUUAAAGUGGCCAAAAAUAUUUUAUACUUGAGCUUGCAACUUUCUCUCCUCCAUUUCUUCUUUCUUGACCGUUUCUUGAGCUUCACGCUGCAUUUUUUCCAAUUUUUGAAGAGUAAUUGACUUUAACGGUAGCAACUUAGCUUUGCAUAAGACUGGAUUUAAAGUUUCCUCCUGAUACAGUUCUCCUUGUUGUGGUAGUAUUUCCUUAAUUGAAGACAUGAGCGGGUUUUGUAAGUUUAGUGAUAUUUAUCUGUGAAGAAAGUAUGUAUAAAGCCGUAUGAAAGCCGUAUGUUGUAAAUAUAAAAAAUAAAUCACUUUUUACCUGUAUUUCAAAC